CUUCCAUACGUAAGUAGUAAACUGGCUACGUUGCGCUAAACUAAAGUCGGUUACCGCACACUUCUGUUUAUGAACUUUCAUGUGGUAAAAUUCGGCAAUUAUCGAUAUUUUCGUAGAUGGUUUGUCUUCAGUAACACUUACCGUUACGCAAUAUCAGUUUCUUAAAACAAUAAUGAAGUUAUACUCCUAAACGAAACUUUAAAUCCGAAGAAUAACACAGUCGCAACCGGGGUUUUUUACUUCCCUAGACCCAAGUUGGAGGAUGGCGGCGACGGAGUCGAGCUUAAGCCCGGUAUUGGAGUCGGUGGUGCCGGCGUGUAUGUUCGCACCGGACGCAGGCAACGCAGAAGAUCAGGCCGACGCUGAGAGCAGCGAAACCGGCGACGACAAGAACGGAGACGCCGGGGAUCAUCUGCACCUCAGCAGCAAGUUGGCACUGGUCAGCCCCACAGGCGAGCAGUAUGACUUUUUACUCAAACAGUUGCGGGACAGAAUGGAGGAAGGCUGUGGAGAGACCAUCUAUGUGGUUGGGAUGGGGACAGACGGUGGUGAUUACGGUCUGGAUGAGAGGGAUAUGGACGCGUCUGUCGCCACCGUGCAGUCGCUUUGCGAACAGGUUGAUGCUGAUCUGAUUCUGCUGAGAGAGAGAGCAGAGACGGCGGGACGCAUCCGCGAUUACCUCAUACGACGGCGGGUGGGAGAGGCCGACUUUCUGGAAGUCAGAGUGGCAGUUGUAGGCAACGUAGAUGCUGGUAAAAGCACGCUGCUUGGCGUCCUCACCCAUGGGGAACUCGACAAUGGUCGCGGAUUCGCCCGCCAAAAGCUCUUCCGCCACAAACACGAGAUGGAGAGCGGCCGCACCAGCAGCGUCGGCAAUGACAUACUGGGUUUCGACCAAGACGGGCAGGUGGUCAACAAACCAGACAGCCACGGGGGAAGCCUCGACUGGACAAAGAUCUGCGAGAGGUCGUCCAAAGUCAUCACCUUCAUCGACCUUGCAGGGCACGAGAAAUACCUGAAGACCACCGUGUUCGGCAUGACGGGACACUUGCCCGAUUUUUGCAUGUUAAUGGUGGGCAGUAACGCAGGAAUCGUUGGCAUGACCAAAGAGCACCUCGGUCUGGCACUGGCCCUCAACGUUCCCGUCUUCGUAGUCGUCACAAAAAUAGACAUGUGUCCCGCUAACAUUUUGCAAGAGACGCUGAAGUUAUUACAGAGGUUGCUGAAGUCUCCGGGAUGCAGAAAAAUUCCAGUUUUGGUGCAAAACAAAGAUGAUGUCAUCGUCACGGCCUCAAACUUUAGCUCGGAGAGGGUGUGUCCAAUUUUCCAAAUUUCGAACGUAACGGGUGAAAACAUGGACUUGUUGAAGAUGUUCUUGAACCUGCUGUCCUCCAGAUUGACAUUUAAGGACGACGAACCACCAGAGUUUCAGAUCGAUGACACAUAUUCAGUGCCGGGAGUCGGCACGGUAGUGUCAGGAACUACUUUACGCGGAUUAAUACGCCUUAAUGACACGCUGCUCCUCGGCCCUGAUCCUCUGGGUGUCUUUAUUCCAAUAACCGUCAAAUCCAUCCACCGCAAGCGCAUGGUUGUGAAAGAAGUCAGAGGCGGACAGACCGCAUCCUUUGCACUGAAGAAGAUCAAGCGGUCGUAUAUCAGGAAGGGAAUGGUGAUGGUGUCGCCCCGUCUGAACCCGCAGGCGUGCUGGGAGUUCGAGGCUGAGAUUUUGGUACUGCAUCACCCGACUACGAUAGCGCCGAGAUACCAGGCCAUGGUUCACUGUGGUAGCAUCAGACAAACCGCCACUAUUGUCGGCAUGAAUAAAACUUGUCUACGAACCGGGGACAAAGCCACUGUAAACUUUCGUUUCAUCAAGACGCCCGAGUACCUUCACAUGGACCACAGACUCGUCUUCAGAGAAGGGAGAACCAAAGCCGUGGGUACCAUCACUAAGCUGCUUCAAACCAAGCCUCAGGCCAAGAUGCAGUCUACCAAGAAAACCUCACCACAGGUUGAAGGAGUCAGCGAAGAAACCUCAAACGUGGAUACAAGCUCACCAACUGGACAACAGUUCAAAUCUGGUGGAAGUGGCAGGAGGCGAGGUGGUCAGCGACACAAAGGCAAAGCACCUCUAAGCAGCAGUCCUGGGAUGACAUCCGGAUUGGGAAGCAACUAAGCUGAACUUUAUUAUAAGUGAACACCAGAGGGCAGUAAAGACUUACUUUGUUAUUACCCACCACAAGUUCCUUUUUUCCAUUUCCCUUGCUUUUUUUUAACUACCAUAAAACUCAUAAACGAAGCCUGGACCGAGCCAUCUCUCGCUCACUAAUUACAAACGUUCAUCUCCGCUGACACAAUCGUGCCAAAAAUCCAGAUUGACAAGCUCCCUCGUUCCCUCGCGGUAAAGCCCAUCCACCCUCUUUUAUCGCCCUUUUUAAACCCAUACGCACUAGGAUCUUAACAUGCGGCAAUAAAUACCCUUAAACCCAAAUUUUGUGGCCAGCAUGUUUCCCAGAGGACCCAAUUAAGGAGCCCUCAAGUGAAUCUUUCAGCGAUUUUCCUAUUUUUCACUUAAUUUUCCUCCAAUUUAAUCUAGCAAAUGCUGAAGCAGAUGAAAGGCUGAGAAUCUGUUCUGCUUGUCAAUCUUUUAUGCCCCCUCAUCCUUUUCGGAUUUUAAUGAGCGCCGCUGUAGACGAGACGCAAGACAUGGCAGAAGAUGGGACCGGGCAUUCGUGGAGUGUCACAAAUUAGGUGGCAUUUGCGUUGCUUUUUCAUAGCUUAGCAUUAUUGCGUAUGUGUUUUUUUUUUUACUACAAAGCUUUUUUAAAGGAUACAUUUGGCCGAUUAAGCUGACAAUGCCAGUUAAAAUCCAGCACUUGCAUGUUGUCUAUCUUUUUAUUUUAAGUUGACCCACAUAAGUGACCCAAAGCGAGAAUACAGCCCAUUUUUUUGUAAAUUAUUAACCAGCACUAACAUUUAAAGGGACAGUACAGCCUAAAUUAAAAAUGCAUUGAGUUUAUCAAGCAUGAAAAAAGAUGUUUGGCAGGAUAUAUGAGUAUAUACAAGAAAGUGAAUGGUGACCAGGGAUGUUUAGGUCUCUCCAAAAAUGAAAAAAAAAGCCAAAUGAAACUAAACUAUACUGUAUUGCUUAUAAAUAUCAUUGGUGAUUUAAAUAUGCAUAUAUUCAAUGCAUAUAUUUAGUGGCUUACGAACAAUUACGAGAUGCAUAGUGGCAUUGACAUUAAACAACACAGUUUUGCUCUUCACCUCAUGCAAAACUUAAAAAGACUUAAUUUGGUGCAUGUUAUUACCGUAUGGGCACCUGUUGGGCCAUUUUUGGAGUUUGGGGGUUCUGGUCCCCUUUCACUUGUAUGGAAAAUAACUACAAACCACUGUGCUGAACAAAGAAAAAUCAUACAAAAUACAGGUUUGAAACAACAUAAGGGUCAAUCAUUCUGGGUGGAUUGUUCACAGAAGUUAGAUAAGCGUUUUGAUUGGAACCCAUUGUUCCCAGUCAUGUUGAAGAAAGAAGUUCACAUACAAUAUGGGGCCUGUGUGGAUGCCAAUAAUUUUUUUUGUAAAACUUAAAAAGAAAAUAAUAUUUGGAGAAGGAGGAGAUUAUUGGCGCUGUUGCGUUACGCAUUAAAAGUUUUUGCGGAAAUGUUACGUAGUUAUGCGCACUUUUUUGCGAAGUUGGUUUAAUCCGAAAACAGGCUUUGGUCUUGUGAUUAAAACAACAAUUAACGAGUUAUUGCUGUGAAAUGGAGAACUUUAGAUCCACAAUAAAAUAACAAACAACAAACGUAGAUUCCUGGAUGAAUUAAACAAUUUAGUUUGCUUUAAAAUUUUAAGACAGCUAAAAAAAUGACCACUCUACAACAUAAAUCGCUUUGCCUUACAGCUAUCUAGUUUACUUGGGUCAUGUAUGGUGUUAUUGAAGGCUUCAUUCAAGUUGGUUCUGGUUCAAGUUUAUGGGUUUGUUUUAGUUUUGUUGAGUUAAAAAUCAGUACAAAUCUGCCACACAGUGUGUGUUUUCUGUAAUUCAAGGAAGACAUUUUGGAAUUCAUUUUAGUUUUAUUAUUGGCAGCCACUGAGAUUUUUUUUCAAUGAUUGAAAAGUCAGAUUUUUGUUCCAUUUGUAAAUAAACAAUAAACAUAAAGGAUAAUAAAACUAGACACUUUUCUUUUUGGUUAGCGUUCAAAGCUUGGGAAGAUUCGAAAGUUUAUUUCAUUUUAGUGCAUGUUUAUUUGUUUUUCAGAACAAAACUGUGUGUACAUUAUGUACAAAAGAGUGUAAAUUGAAUUUGUGUUGUAAAUAAAGUUUUACAAAAACUCUUAGAAA